AUGCAACCAAGGCCCGCACGCACGCACGUACGUGUGGGUAACCUACAAUGUGUCGCGCGGAGACCAUGCGCAAAUUUUGUGCCGCGACGGGUUCUAUCUCUCAUCGAGAUUGAAUGGUCGUUGCUUGAUCCGGUAGGGAGCAUUAGCCUGGGGAAUCUCAAGAAGGUGGCGAACGAGUUCGGACAUACGAUCAGCGAUGCCGAGCUCAUGGAAAUGAUUUCCACCGCAAAUUACGUAGAGGGCUUGGCGGACGCAGACGAGCAACUCUCCAACGAGGUUUCCUUCCCCGACUUCUACAACCUCAUGACCAAGGGCCGUUCGUCAGCAUCAGCCGCCGAGGCCUCGCCCAAAACCCCCGGGGGGGGCACCACCCAGAGUAGGAGUAGCAGCAGCGUUUUCGGGGAUGUUGGGGUGGGGGCAUAA